UUUAUUUUAUUAUUUGGGAAAGUUAAUUGUAUUCUUUCAUUACCUCCCUUAUUUUUUAUUUCUUAUUGAACUUCACACUGGUCUUUUUUAAACUUCGGAAAUCACUUGAAGGUGGUGAUAAUUAAACAUUUUGCAGGUAGAUCAGAUUACGGAUUCGAUUUAUUCGGAUUUUAUUAUUUUGAUGACUGGCGGGGAAGUGGUUCCACCAACUGAAGAACAUAAACAAAUUUUAGAUGCUAUGGUGCAAGGAGAUGAUUAUACUGUAGCACGUGACGUGGACGAUGAGUUCCUUGGCCAUCUCGAUUACGUGAUCGUUCAUCUCCCUUCUAUAAGACUUUUGCUAACCAGCGAACAGCGUGAACAAGUUAUAGAAUCUGCUGUGGCACGGUUUAAAAAUGACAAACAUCCAAUUGGUGCCUGUUUGCAACUACUGCAGAAAAAUUACAUCGGAUUCCCUUCUGUUAUCAGACUACGCAAUACGCUGAUGGAUUGUUUAAGUCGUUUGGUGACAGCAGGAGAAGACGAUGUAGAUUAUGUGGUACCACAUUUGGGUGAUUCUGUCGCUCAAGGUUUCGCUGGUGAAGGUAUGUCCAAUGAUUCCGUAUUGCCUGGAACCAGUUCAGAUUUUGCAAAUCGAAAGAAAGGGAUGACCCAAAAUUUGUUGAAUACGGCUAUUCCGGAUAAUGAAUAUGAUAUAUUGGCACAAAUUCUGACCAGGAAAUUAAAAAUCGAUGAUGUUGAAAAUGUUGUUCUGAGAGAAGCCAUUAAGGUGCGGAUGAAGGGAGGGCUACUUAUUGGCGAGUACUGGUCAGAGCCAAAUGAAUUUCUAUCACCUGGUUGGCGUAUUCGAUUGCGUGAUUCUGGCAAAAUUGUUCCACGAAUUAGUGAAGUUGAUGAUAUUUGGCGACGAUGUUACGAAACAAUGCCAGAUUGCACACAAAAGCAAAUGUUAACUUACCUGGAGGAAAGAUACGUGGGUGUGAGUUUGAAAACAAAACAGCGAGCAGCAACAAAAGAUAUUCUGUUGAAGGGAUCAAGAGUACAGUUCCCUAGCAGACCACGCUGUAUAGGGAGCAAACCUAUGCAAUAUGUUCAGAUCGAUAUGGUUGAAAUGGAAUGUUCGGAAUAUGGGGAUCGUUGUUACACAAUGGCAUUGAUUGUAACCGAUCUUUAUUCGCAUUUUGUAUUUGGAAGAGCAUUAGCCGAGGCACCAGACACUUCGUUACUUGUCCGACAUUUAAUGGAUAUUUUUGGAGCUUUUGCCCCACCGGAAGCUUAUCGAACUUACACAAAUGAUGAAGUAAUUGGACUUGUUAUGUCAGAUAUCGAGAAAUUGUUCAAAAUUGAAAUUAAAAAUAUUGGACACGGUGUAAUGAAUCAUGCUAAUCUGUGUGCCAGUAUGUAUAAACGUGCAGCGCAAGAACUUGGUGGCCGGGAACGUUGGGUUGAAGCACUUCCAUUUGCUGUUAUAGAUUAUAAUCAGACUCCGGUGAAAUGUUUCGGUGAUCUUCGAAUCUCACCGUUUGAGAUUAUAUUUGGUCGAAGGCCUUGGCGAAAUCAUAGUAUUCCACCAUGGGUGCGCGGUGCUUGUGGCGAAAAUGUGAAUGAAACGGAAGGAUAUGUGGAAGAAAAUCGUGUGGAGAGUAUAAGCGGUGCAACAGAAAUGUGUAUGAUACGCUCAACUCCACUUCCACGACGACCUGAAGUUGAGGAAAGAUUAGCCAGUGUCUAUUUAAGCGAAGUAUCUAGUAAUCGUGCUAAAAUUUCCUGUAUACUUGGCCGUUAUCCAGCAAAAUUCAAUGACGCAGGUCAUGUUGUCGAUCCGGGUACUGGUUAUCUCUAUGAAGUCGGUGAUUGUGUGUAUCUUCGGAACUUUGAGCAAGAAGAAACAUGUAUGGAUCGUCCAAAAAGGCGUCAAAAUGAGUCACGUUAUUACCGGGCAAGCAUUGUUGAAGUGGAUUAUCAGAAUCCGGAUUUCAUGUAUAAAGUAUGCUACUGGGAUGAUAUUAUUGAUGUUGAUCAUCUUCCACCGAACCAAUGGCCCGGUGAAGGCUCUCCGUCAGCUUGGGUUUCACCUUACGAUAUCGCUCCUUCUACUGCUGAUCUUGCAAGGCGUAGGAAUGUCGUAAGACGUCGAGAAUUGGAAUUUCAAUGCAAAUGCGGCUAUGACUUCUGCGAAAUAGCUUAUAAUAAGAAUUGUCCAUAUAAAUUAUCGCAAGCUUGUUGCCAACGGCUUAAAAUGAAUUGUCCUUAUCAUUCUCGCUUAAAGGGAACACCACGGGAGACGCCGAUGUCACGUUCAAAGAAUUCAGCUGCACCUGUACUUAAAUUGGCAGCAAGCGGGGAGCGAAGAUUGCUUACGAUUCCAAAACGGAUGAAGGCUGAAGUCGAUCAUUCAAGCUCUCGCUGGAUUUUCCAAGGAGGUCGUUACAUCGAACUUUUCCCGAGUUCAUCGAAUCCAACUUCAUUAUUAGGACGAGAAGACCAGCAGAGUAAUGUACACUUCGAUUAUGAUGUUGGAGCACUUACAAUGAAAAGGAGGCGAUUGCAGGUUCAGUAUGGUAACGCUUGCUAUUCAAAUUUUGUUUAUGAUGGGAAUUCCAUGAUUUCGAGGCUUCCCGCUGAGCGUUCGUAUGGAUAUCAAGCAGUAGAACUCUAUGAACCGAAAGAUAAUCUAUUGAUUUCAAAUGCCAACGAAUUGGAAGGAUUAGACGUGGAUGAUGAAAACAUCGAUGUUGCUUCAAAUGGACAGGAUGCAUCUCCCUCCGAGGUCUCGAACCAACCGGUAUUUCUCGCUCGAGAUGAUUCAAAAACGCUGGAAGAUGCUGAGAGUGACAAAAUGUUGAAAAUUCAACAAAGUCCUUUGCAAGCGGAAGUUCUAUCAUUGAGAAGUACAAAACGUAUAUCUGCACCUCCACAACGUUUAAGUCCUACAUAGAUUUUUCCAUCAAAUUUGAAAUUUAUUUGAUUGUCAUUAUUUUUGUCGACGAUAUUAUAUUAAUUAGGACAUGCUCAGUUUUGGUCAGGUAUUUUUUUUUCUAUGCCUAGAUCAUGCAAUGAUCUAGAUAUAGAAAAGCAGGAAAAGUUCACCAGAAAAUCUGGUUAAAUAGCCUAGUGCAUCAAGUUAAAAGUGAUUCUUGUCUUCGAUGCCGGUAUAUUAACCCAACUAUUUUGGCUGUUGUGACUUAGUCCCACUGACAUCGAUCAUGAAUGAUGCAAUGAGAAUAGAG